AUGGUAAAGCCUGUAAAGAUUGGUGGCAAAGAUGUAGAAUCAAAGAAGGGAGGAGCAGGUGCAGGUGCACCAGCCACUGUUGCUAGAACCCGUGAAUUUCAAAUGAACAAGGCAUACGGUCAACAUUUGCUCAAGAACCCAUUAAUUAUAGAUGCGAUUGUAGAAAAGGCACAACUCAAAUCAACAGAUACAGUACUUGAAAUUGGUCCAGGUACAGGUAAUCUUACGAUGAAGUUGUUGGAGAGUUGUAAAAAGGUUAUAGCUGUUGAAGUCGAUCCUCGUAUGGCUGCUGAAUUACACAAGAGAGUUUCAACUACACCAUAUGCAUCACAUUUACAAAUUAUAUUGGGAGAUUUCUUAAAAGCAGAUCUACCAUACUUUGACGUUUGCGUAGCUAACGUUCCAUAUCAGAUUUCAUCUCCAUUGACUUUUAAAUUGUUGGCACAUAGACCUGUCUUUAGAUCGGCAGUACUGAUGUUCCAGUUGGAAUUUGCAGCUCGUUUGGCUGCUCGUCCAGGUGACAGUCUCUAUUGUCGUCUUUCAGUCAACACACAGUUGUUGGGCAAGGUGACCAAGUUGAUGAAUGUCGGCAAGAAUAACUUCCUUCCACCACCCAAGGUUGAGUCUGCGGUCGUCCGCAUCCAACCUUUUAACCCACCUCCACCCAUCAACUUUGUGGAAUGGGACGGUUUGGUCAAACUAUGUUUCUCGCGUAAGAACAAGACCAUUGCCGCCAUCUUCAAGACCAACAGCGUCAUUGAGAUGCUCUAUCAAAAUUACAAGACCGUCUGUUCGCUCAAGGGUAUUGCCGAUAUUGGCACCGAAGAAGACAUGAAGGCCAAGGUCGUCGCCAUCCUCGAAACCAACAAAUUUAACGAUCAACGUUCCUCCAAGCUUGAUAUUAAUGAAUUCCUCAGAUUAUUAAAUUGUUUCCAUGAAAAUGAUCUUCAUUUCAAAUAA